GGGUAUGGGUGUUUUGCCGAGUGAGUGCGGGCGUGCGCCCACCGCCCAAAAAGGAAUUAACUGUGGCUUACGUAAUCGCCGAUAAGAUAUACACAGUUUAUAUAUUUUUUUGUGUAAAGUAGAAACCGGGUCUAAUCGUUUAACCCUUUUAUCAGGUUGCUCGUUUCAAAUUAGUAGUUGUUCUUUCUUUUAAUCUAUUGAGUAGAGAUGAAUAUUAAUAAUAAUAACCAACAUCAGCAGGGCAGUCGGUUAACUGCUCAGAAUUUGAAUAAUCACGGUGGCCGGGCCACCACCACCACCGCCAGUUCGAAUUCUAUAUUGUCUGAUCUGCAAAGUCUGUGGGUGUUGUUUAAUCCAGCUAACGAAAUAACAUCGAUUAACACCAAUAGAAGGAAUUCGCUUGGUACCAAUGAAUCAGACUUGUUGUCAUUUACUGAUACAGCAUCCAGAAUCACUCAAACCGAGUCGGAAUUAAGUGACGAUGCGGAGGAAGCUCUGCACCAGCGCCAGCAGCAGCGCCAGCAGCAGCACCAGCAGCAGCACCAGCAGCAGCACCAGCAGCAGCACCAGCAGCAGCACGGCCACAAACAGCAGGAAGAAGAUGAUGAUGACUCGCUUAUUGACCAUCUUCAUGAUUCCACCCCGUCCCAACUGCGCUUGGAGCAAUUGUUUACAAAAGUAAGUGAUAAUUAUACUACAUCAAGACCCAGAAAUUUAGACACAAGAAUAAAUAAUUGGAGAAACGCCAAUCGGGACGACUUGAUUGAUGAUAACGUGGCGUCAUGGGACUUGGAUGAAGACUUGAUCUCCCAAAUCCUAGAUAAGACAGUAAUCAGGAAUGAAGUUGGUGGAUUAUCCAAAUCGCAUAUCCCGUCAAAUUUUUACGGAGAUGAUUUCUUGAAGAACUUGAAUAAAAAAGACUAUAUCAAAUUCAAGAACAUCACUAAGAACUUGAAAAAAUCACUAAACACCAACCAAAAGGAAACUACUCUUGAUCUAGUUAAUAAGAUUAUUUCCAAUUACCAUCAGAAUAAUCAGAAUACUCUCAAUCGCGGUAACCUAGUGAAUAAAAUGCACCAUCACCAGAAACGCUAUUCUUCCGUAUUGAAUGAGUCCACCACCACCAACAACAACACCGACUAUACGUUCAAUCCCACCUAUCACGACGACAGCUUCAGAAUGUUGGAACAAUCAGAAACGGCGACUUCUUCUUCCCUAGUUCUUUGUGGCGGGGUGGGUUUCGGUGGGAACUCCUCCUGGGGCGACAUAUGAAUCACUACAUAAUUACAUUCGGUUUUCUCUUUCUUUUCUCUGGUUCUCUGGUUCUUUUCUCUGGUUCUCUGGUUCUUUUCUCUGGUUCUCUGGUUCUUUUCUCUGGUUUAUCUGUAUAUUUAAUAGCUUAUCAUUUUCUAGAUCUG